AUGGGUGUUGCCUGGUUGGUGAUCAACAGAAGGCUAAGGGAGAGAGGUAAAAUUUCGAAUAUUAUUUCGGUUAUGAUUAUUUCGGGUAAGGUUACGGUUACGGCAAUGUAUACAAUGACUGAAUGGAUAAGAAGACGUGAGAUCCAAGAGGGAAGCAAGAUCUUCAUCAAUUCCUUUCACCAAACGAGCAGUAAUACCAAUUCAAGGUUGAAAAUGGAGGUUCAAAUCAUAUCUCAGAAACUCAUAAAACCGUCAACUCCAACUCCCAGUCACCUCAGGAACAUGGAACUGUCAUUCAUCGACCGCAUAGCUCCUCAAGCAUAUUCUCAUGUGAUUUUCUACUACCCUGUGCAACGCAGUUUGACCAUACAUGAUGGAAAUGAAAGAUGCAAUAAACUGGAAAAAUCGCUGUCAGAGAUACUAACCCACCAUUACCCGCUGGCCGGAAGAUAUCUCGCAGAAAAUCACAUGGUCGAGUGCAAUGACGAGGGUGCAGAAUAUGUAGAAUUAAAAGUCAGGGGCGAACUCUCUCAACUUCUAAUGGAAGAACCCAGUGAUGCAGAGUUGUCAACUUGUUUCAUCCCAUAUGGAGAUGAAAUUUCUACUGAUAUUCUCAUACCACUAAAAGUUCGAGUUCACAAGUUUGAUUGUGGUGGGUUAGUGAUUGCCAUUUGCAUAUCACACAGCAUAGCUGAUGGAGGAGGAAUUUUAUCCUUCAUGAAUGGAUGGGCUACAGCAUGCAGAGAAGGAUUAAGACAAGUGAAUUUCCCAAAUUUCAAUCUCGGAUCCCUUUUCCCAGCAAGAGCUACAGAGUUCAGCACUCCAGUGCCGGAAUUCAAUAGACUAAAGCUGAUCACGAAAAGAUUUGUUUUCAGUGGGGAUUCAAUAUCCAAACUCAAAGCCAAAGCAAUGCCAAAAUCAGGUGAUGUCAAACGACAGCCCUCCAAGGUAAAGGUGGUUAAAUCGCUUAUUUGGAAGGUUCUCAUAGGAAUGUCUCAAAUGCAACACGGAAAGAACAGGAAUUCUUUAAUGAUAUUCCCGGUUAAUCUUCGGGGAAAGACAGUACUCAUACCAGAGAACUCCUGUGGAAAUGCAUACAAGUUAGCCGUUGCCCGAUUUACGCCAGAAGAAAAUGAGCCAGACUUGGAUGUUUUAGUAAGCUUGCUCGAUGAUUUGCUGCUUAAGGAUGCUGCACAGAAUGCAGCAUUGGAGAAUGGUGAUGAAUUGUUUUCAACGGUGACUAAUCACAUGAAAGAAGUAAAUGAAGAAGUAAGCAAAGGGGAAGCAGAUAUCUUUCUGUUCUCUAGCUGGUGUAGAUUUCCUUUCUAUGAAGUUGACUUUGGUUGGGGAAAACCCAGUUGGGUUACUGGGGUAAAUCGGCCUAUGGAGCUUAACAUUCUUAUGGACGACAAAUAUGGUGAGGGAAUUGAAGCAUGGGUGACCCUGGAAGAGAAUCACAUGGUCCAGUUCCAACAAGAUCAGGACAUUGUAGCCUUCUCUACUAACCCCUCGAAUCAGCACCAGUCAUUUGGUCAGGACUCUUUCUAA